GUGAUUUGUCUGCACAGAUUCCUGCUUCCCUUCCACGCAACGUGCCACCAACACGGCGUCCGAAGUUCCUACCGCCGGUUUCCGUUGUUUUUGUGUGUGAAGGUGAUUGAGCAACCGGGCUGUCACAAGAAUAACGGGUGCAGAGUUCAAGAACCAAAGUGACCAACCAAGCCCAACCACACGAACCCACAAUGCUACCAAGUCAAAGAGAUAGAGGGUGAUACGGGGAAGUGAAACAAAGAGAAUCAAGAAACAUGAGUGGUGUGAUCACCUUGCCAUCGUGGAGCAUGAGUUUCUUAAUGCACGGGCCUCUGGCAUGAACAGUCAAGAUAUGACAGAGAUGAGUAUGUGACUGUUGUCUGGGAAAAUAUAAAAGAAGGAAGGAGCAGCUGGGAGGCAGUCAGCAGCACAAAAGUCAAGCCGUCUUCUGACCAUGCCAGCCUGAGUUCACAGGGAGAGAACCAGACAGACUCUUCUCGUGGAAAUGGCACAUCAACAAAUCAAGAUGAUUUAUAGAGUCUGCAACUAAAUGGCUCAGACCUUCCUAAGCUUCAGAUAUGGCCUAACUUCAACCACAUGACUCUGAUGCAGACAGAUGAUAAGGGAACCUGCUUAAACCAACUGUAAGAGAUGCAGCUGACAGACAAAUAGUAAGAAAGAACCAAAAUACAAUUGAAUGUGUUGAAAGGUUUGUGCGUAGCUGCUGGUUCACAGGAGACUUUAUGCCAAAGAAUGUGGAAAUACUCCUGUUACAAAACCAGUUACUCCCCCUGCCUCUUCUGACAAGAUGUAAAACCAUCCAACCAACUUCCCCCUACCAGCAUUCAUAUUGUCAUUUGGAGUCAGGUAAAUCUGCUUUGUAUCAAUGGCAGUAUUUACAGAUUACACUCAGUACAUACAGUAGCUGUGUUCAGCUGUGUUGUAAUUAAUAUGCUUGAUAUUAAUGAGAUCAAUGAUUAUAACUAGGGCUGAAAUCUGUCACUUAAUUUUUAUAUGAAUCAGUUAAUUGACUAGGCUAAAGCUAAUCUACACUUAUCUUUGGUAUUGUGUAUUGUGUUUGAUAAAAAAAAAAACUUUAAUGAUUAAGUAAUUUUCUCUCAACCAACUGAUCCGUUAAUCAACUAACUGUUUGCUUGACAAUUGGGAAACUUUAAUUUUGUCAAGACUGAAACACCUGUUUUAUUUAUCUGUACUAUGUUACAUUUUCUGUGUUUCAUUUUUCAGGUUUUGCGUUGUACAGUCCUGGUUGGUCAGUUCUUUUUUCUGUGUCACAAAUCAGAGUUUUUGAAGGUUUCUUUGUCCCAUAUUAAGUUGUCAUAUAGGUCGCUUGAUUGAUUAUUUCUUAACCUCAGUACUUUCAGAAACCCACUGGUAUUUUGGAGAGAUAAGAAUUCAAUAUAAAUGGCAUUACAUACAUUAGUAGUACUGGUCCCUAUAACUUUCAAUGGUUUGCACUUACAUAAGUACAGCUUUAGCAUUAUAUAAUAUACCAUUCUCUGUUGUAAUCACUCUGUUGGUAUUUUCCCACAGGAGCCAUGCUGACAGCCUCUGUGACCUUGAAAGCUGGAAACCUACUCUUGACACCCUGAAAAUGUCAGUUUUGCUCCGCACAGAUAGAGAAACAGUCUCUUGAGACACUGUUCACAGAGAUUAAUGAUGAGGAGGACCUGGACAUAACAGAAAUAAAUAAAGGUCUGGAUUUAUUUCAGGGUGACAUUAUGAAAGAAAUUAAGAAAAAGACAAGAGUCAAAAGGAAUGCCAUUUUGAAUAGAGAAUGGUUGUGGGACAAUCCUGUUCCUUAUGUAUUUGAAGACAACCUUGAUAUGAACACUAAAGGAGUCAUUCUGCAGGCCUUUGAACAUUUCCGUUUAAAGUCAUGUAUUGAUUUCAAGCCCAGACAGUCUGAAGAGUACUACCUUUCAGUCAGAAAGUAUGAAGGCAGAUGUUAUUCUUAUGUUGGAAAGACUGUUAAAAAUGGCCAAGUUAUUUCCAUUGGUGCAGAAUGUGGAUAUCUUGGAACAGUAGAGCAUGAGUUUCUCCAUGCUUUGGGCUUAUAUCAUGAACAAGCAAGAUAUGACAGAGAUGACUAUGUAACUAUCAUCUGGAAGAACAUCAGAGAUGGAUCCAAGGAAGAUUUUGAGAAAUUAACCCCAAGGACAAGUACAACAUUUAAUGCUCCAUACGACUACUUAUCAGUGAUGCACUACGGCAAAAAAUUCUUUUCUAAAAACUCUGGAAACACAAUUAUCACUAAGCUACCAGAGUUCCAGGACAAAAUUGGCCAGCGAAUGGAAAUGAGCCCUAUUGAUGUGUAUAAGCUGAAUUGCCUUUAUAACUGCAGCACAUCAGUUUCUUUUCUGGAGUAUUGUAGCUUCUCCAGCCUCAAUAUCUGUGGGAUGAAGAGCUGUGGAAAAGGUUCGGCCAAAGGUUGGAAGAGAAUGAGUGUUGCUGCUGGUGGGCCAUUUACUGACCACACCAACCUCAACAAGACAAGGGGUUACUUCAUGCAUGCUGGCACAGCAUCAGGACAGGAGGGAGACUCAGCCUGGCUGGAGACCAAGAGGAUGAGCCCAACAAGGGAGUGUCAUGUCCAGUGUCUCCAGUUCUACUAUUACCAUAGUGGGAGCCCAUCAGACCAGCUCAACAUCUGGAUCAGAGAAUUUCAGAAUGGGAGGAACUCUACAGGAAAUCUCCACCUCAUGGGUCAGAUCACUGGUCAACCAACCUUUGCUUGGCAGUUUCACAAGGUUCCUCUGAAUGCUUCCAAACCUUUCCAGGUUGCAUUUGAGGUGCGUAAAGGAGAUGAAAACUCUACAGGAGGCUUUUCCAUUGAUGACAUCAACUUGUCUGAAUCUGAGUGUCCACAUAAUGUCUGGGAAAUUAAGAACUUUGAGAGGAUUUUGACAACCGCUGACUAUGACAGUUCUCUGCUCAGCCCUCGGUUGUAUUCUACAGAUGGUUAUGCUUACCAGGUGUCAAUUUUUCUGCGAGAAACUUUUUUUGGAGUUUAUUUUCGUUUAAUGUCAGGCAACAAUGAUUCAGCACUGCAGUGGCCUUGCCCAUGGAGGCAGCUGACCUUUAUCAUGCUGGACAAGAAUCCUCAAAUUCAACAGCAGAUGUCCAAACAGAUCAACCUAAUUACUGAUCCAUCAUCAACUGUAUUUGACAACCCCCAUAAAGUGGGAAGAAGAAUUAGACUGAAUGGAGAGUCCGUGUACGCAAACCCAUUCAUUGGAGUCAACUCAUUUCUCCUCCUGGAGCAAAUUAAGAACAGAGACUUCCUGAAGGGAAGCACUGCUGUCUUCCUCUUUUCAAUGACAGAUAUCUCCAGUCUACAACAUAAAAGCACUCUGCCUUGUCCAAAACUUCCACCAAGAACAUUUAUAACCACCUACCCAAACAACUAUGACAAAGAACCAUGUGGCACAGGAAGUGUUCAAAACCAGUUUGUUAUGCAAGUGGGCUGUCAUCUCCGCUUAAAACUCUCCUGUUACAGCCACAGCUUCUCAUGUGCAGUUGAGGAAAAGACAGGGUGGCAGAAGUGUGGUUCAAGAUACACUACAAAGAUGAAAAGCUACGUAUUUCUUGUGGUGAUCUUGGCAGCUUCCUCGGCACUCUCCCUAAGACCAAAUGGACCAGAGGUAGUGGACAUUGGUGUAGAAAAGGACAUUACAGAGGCAAACAAAGAUUCAGUGCAUGAUGAUAUUGUGGAGCCUCAGAACAUACAAAGGAGUGCCAUCCCUGAUGGGGACGGGCUGUGGACGUCCCCUGUCCCAUAUGUUUUGGAUAAAGGCCUUGAGAUCAACGCAAAAGGAGUCAUCCUGAAAUCCUUUGACCAGUUCAGGUUGAAGUCAUGCAUUGACUUCAAACUAAGAGACUCUGAGAAAUAUUAUAUUAAUGUCCAAAAGUUAGACGGAUGUUACUCAUAUAUUGGGCAAGUAUUCAGCAACGGACAGGACCUCUCUAUUGGCAGUUACUGUGAUGAGAUCUCCACUGUUGAACAUGAGUUUCUCCACGCUCUUGGCUUCUACCAUGAACAGUCCAGACCUGACAGAGAUGACUAUGUGACCAUUGCAUUUGAGAACAUCCUGUCAGGUUAUGAGAAUAAUUUUAAAAAAGUCAGCAGUGAAUCCUCUACCACUCAUGGAGUCGCAUACGACUAUUGGUCAGUGAUGCACUAUAGCAAAGAUGCAUUCAGUAAUGGCAAUGGAUCCACAGUUAUCACCAAAGACCCAAAAUUCCAGGAUGUGAUUGGUCAAAGACAGGAAAUGAGUCCCAGUGAUGUUCUGGAACUGAACCUCCGCUAUAAAUGCAACUCAACCAUUGCAUUUAAGAUGUACUGCGGUUUUUCUAAUGGGACCAUGUGUCACAUGAACCGCUGUUCACAGAAUGGCAUUGGCUGGGAAAUAGUAUCACAUGCUUACGGGGGUCCUAGCUCUGACCACACUGGCCUACCCACUGGCAGUAGUCAUCAGGGUCAUGCAGGUUACUUCAUGCAUGCUAGCACAAGAUCAGGUAAGGAGGGAGACUCAGCUUGGCUGGAGACCCACAGGAUGAGUUCCAAUAGGGAGUGUCGUGUCCAUUGUCUCCAGUUCUACUAUUACCACAAUGGGAGCGAGUCUGACGAACUUCACAUCUGGAUCAGAGAGUUUCGAGAUGAACAGGAUGUUAAAGGAACCCUCCGUCUCGUGGGAUAUAUCGCUGGCCCACCAACGUCUCACUGGCAGCUCAAACACGUUUCCCUGAACACCACCAAGCACUUCCAGGUGGAGUUUGAGGUUCGUAAAGGAACAGGAAGCUCUUCAGGCGGCUUCUCAAUUGAUGACAUCAAUCUGUCUGAGAUCGAGUGUCCACAUGUUACCAUACAGCUUAAUGAUUUUGAGAAGCUUUUGAGCACCAGUAGUUUUGGAACCACAAUAUACAGCCCACGACAGUACUCUAGCGGGGGCUAUUCUUACCGGGUAGCAGUAGUACUGUACCAAAGUUUUGUCGGACUGUUUGUACAAUUUCUGUCUGGCAAAUAUGAUGACCAGCUGGAGUGGCCUUGCCCCCAAAGGCAGGUGACUUUCCAAUUGCUGGAUCAGACGCCCAACAUCCAGCACCACAUGACAAAACAAAGGAGUAUCACCACGGACCCAACCCACACCAGCCCUCAGGGUUACUUUUAUUGGGAUGACCCUCGUGAGAUUGGAACCUCCUUCGUGGAUGAGAAUAAUCAGACUGUGUAUGCCGGACCUUUGCUUGGCAGAGUCUAUUUUGCGACUUUUGAAGAAAUUAAAUCCAGAGACUUCCUCAAGGGAGGGAGUGCCAUUUUUGCCUUCAACUUCCAAGAUCUCACUCCCCUAGUCAAUGGAAGUGCUCUACCAUGUCCUCACGUGCCACCAGUGACUAUGGGACAUCCUCCAAAAGAAAUGGAUGAUGGCCCAUGCUCAUCACGGAUCUUACCCACCACCCUUCCACCUCCACCCCCUCAAACAACAGAUGACAACAGCAUUUUUGGCUUCUCUCCUGCUAUGGUGGCUUCCCCAGUCCUCACCCUGCUGCUGGCACUGAUGCUUCUGAUACCAUGAUGUGCAUCUCCUCUCAUUCAUAUCUCACUUCUACACAUGGAGGACCAGCAAAUUUGCCACUGGCUGAUUCAGUAAUUCAGCUGAGUAGUUCAGCCUGUGGCUAAUUUUCAUUUUAAAUAUCUUUGUCAUUGUUUCUUUGGUUAUAUAACUGGCUAAUUAAAAGAGAAGGCUGCAGUGGGUACUGAACAGUCGGGAGACACUGAUCAGGGAUUGGCAGCUAUUCUGUAUGACUGGGAAUUUCAGACCUGUCCCUUGGUGCUGAGUCAGUCAAUAAGUGAGAAUUGAAGAAAUGUCUGUAACACAAUAAUUUUCUUUUGGUGGUGGUGGGAUUGGUUGUGCUUGAAAAUAUGUUCAGUGGUCUGUGGGAUUCUUUGAAACUAAUAAAUAAUUUUGUGUCUACAA